CCCCUACCCUACAGCGGUUCAGUCAUGUGAUGAGGACAGUCGAGCUGUUCAGCUCAGGAAUAUAAUUCGACCUGCGAACACCGUGCACGUUUUCUCCAAAUGAGAAGGAAGAGUCAUUUGUGUUUCAUCACUGUAACCAUGGCUAUCAUGUUCCUCGUAAUGUUCGUCAUGUAUACCACCUUGAAUUUCCAUACCGCAGCGUCAGAGCGUAAAAAAGACUUUCACGUCGUGGGGAGAGCCCUUUACAAGCUGGACAUCUCCUGGCCCAAGUUUCCAGAGUACUUCACUGGACAGGUUUUCGGGGUGGCGGUCAGUCAUGUCGCUGGCGUGGUGUACGUGGCCCAGAGAGGUGAGAACGUCCCCAAAGUGCUGGUGUUUAGCACGGAUGGAGAAUUCCUGCAAGCCUGGAACACCAGCACGCUGGAAAUGCCGCACGGCAUCUUCGUGGCCAACGCCUCGAGUGAUCCCACUGUGUGGAUCACUGAUGUGGGCAACGGGCCGUAUGGUCAUACUAUAAAGCAAUAUUCUCCCUCGGGGAAGCUGCUGCAGGUGCUGGGAACAGCAGGAAAGGCCGGCUCUUCUCUCACUCCACUGCAGUUCGAUCAGCCUGCUGAGAUUUUCGUCCACGAUGCCACCGGAGAGAUUUACAUCGUGGACGGGGACGGAGGAAUGAACAACCGCCUGCUCAAACUGUCCAAAGACCUGCAGAUGCUGUGGAUGCACGGGGAGAAAGGCCAGGGACUGUCACAGUUCUACAUCCCCCACAGUGUGGCCGUGGAUAGCUACCAGAGGGUGUGGGUUGCUGACAGAGGAAAUAAGCGGAUCCAGGUGUUUAACUCUGUGACAGGUGACUGGCUGGGGUCGUGGGGAAGCUGCUUCACAGAUGAUGCACCCUACUCUGUCCGUCUCACUCCUGACCAGAAGUACCUGGUAGUAGCACAGUUAAACACCAACCAGGUCUCCCUACUGGAGGCUCCACCUGUGGGCAUUAUCGGACAGUGUCAGGUGGUCAGUUCCAUUCAGCUAGCCGAUGACGUUAAGCCACACCUGGUGGACCUGGAUCAGAAGAGCGGAGCACUUUUUGUGGCAGAAAUCGGUGCACAGCAGGCCCAGAGGUUCACACCCUUCACACUGGGGAACAGCAUGCGUUAAAUCUGAAACCACAGAUGGUCAGAGUUUAUCAGCGUGCGCCACUUUGAAGGAGAGUUUUCAGCGAAACGAGACGAGUUAAAUAUGUUACUCAGCAUUGUUUAAGAUAAAUGCGUAAAACAUUUCUAGGUUGAAUAAGAAUCAGGCGUACUUGAGUAAUAAUAUUUGUGAUGACUUUCCAGAUCCCGUCUUAAUGUGAAAAAGCCAAACAGUGCACUUUAUUGUGAAUUUGAACUGCAAUCAGAGCUCUUAAUGGUGUAUUUGCAAUAUAAGCCGUCCAUGCUGGUGGAUGUUUGGGGUAGAAUUUGUUGACGUGAGAAGAUGGAGGCAAAUUUUAUGCACUUAUAUUGUAUAUUCUGAAUUCUAUAUGAUAUAUUCUGGACUGUUCUUGGGCAAGUGAAGGUGUUUUCAAAUGCUACUGUGAUUGUAUUUGCUGUCAAAUAUUGAAAAAUGUAUAAUGUGUUCACUUUGUGUUGUAAGAAAUGAAUGUUAUUGUGCCAUUUACUGUAUUUUUAUGUAAAAGUAUAUUGAUGCCUUCUCUGUUUUCUAAUAUAAUGAAUUCACUGUGCAUGCUGAUUUUUACUAACGCAUUUUUACCCACUUCAAGUAUCGCAGUCUGGCCUGUAUGAAAGUUCUGGUGAUGGUGGACAUUUACUAUCUUUGGGAGUUCAUAAAAGAGAAGCAACUGUACAUCUUUUUGUGUGUAUCAAGGAUCAAGAUUUGUUGU